CUUCCUGCUGCUCGCCUGCCUCCCGACGCCGCUUCUCCUCCCUGAAAGAGUGCGAGAUUUGCCCGAAUCUGAAGCUGGUUCGUACGGGUGGCUGCCCGGCCGGGCGGGCAAUAGCGCGGCGAUAGCGUGGCGUUGCGUAGCGGACGUGGGAAGGCAGCAUGGUAGGCGGGCUGCCGCGCUGCCCUGCGAGACCUGUGACCUGGCGGACGCGGGAGGUCACAGUAAUGAAAGGCAGUAGUAGGAAUAAGGAUCAUUCGACAGAAGGAGAAGGAACUGGGAAACGACCAAAAAGAAAGUGUCUUCAGUGGCAUCCCCUGCUUGCCAAGAAACUCCUUGACUUUUCUGAAGAGGAAGAGGAAGAAGAGGAGGAGGAAGAUAUUGAUAAGGUGCCACUCCUUGGCGCUGAUGGUUUAGAGCAGGAUGCUGAUGAAACUGAAGAUGACGAGUCCUCAGAGCAGCGAGCUCGCCGACCAAUGAAUGCAUUUCUCUUGUUCUGCAAACGCCAUCGCUCUCUGGUGCGGAAAGAACACCCUCGCCUCGAUAACCGUGGCGCAACCAAGAUCUUGGCAGAUUGGUGGGCUGUUCUAGAUCCAAAAGAGAAGCAGAAAUACACUGACAUGGCCAAGGAGUACAAGGAUGCAUUUAUGAAGGCAAAUCCAGGGUACAAGUGGUGCCCCACAACAAACAAACCUGUGAAAACCCAGACAUCCACUGUUACAAGCAGGAAGAAGCUGUGGGCCUUCCCUUCAGACUCUGCAAAAGAUAUACCAAGCCCAAGGAAAGUGACAAAAAGUGAAGAAAUGCCACAGCUUAACUUUGGGAUGGCAGAUCCUACACAAAUGGGAGGCCUGAGUAUGCUGCUUUUAGCUGGGGAACAUGCCCUGACUGCACAAGAGGUUUCCUCAAAUACUUGCCAAUCUGAUGCGACCGAUUCUACAGAAGUGUGUCAGAAGUCGUCGUUGUUUCAGUUUGCAGAGAUCUCUUCAAGCACAUCACAGCCAGGAGUUCCAGGAGCUGUAAAACAAACAGAGGAGUCUGCAUUAUUUCAGUUUGCUGAGAUUUCAUCAAAUACUUCCCAGCUGUCAAGUCCUGAGCCAGUAAAGCACUGUGGGAAGUCGGCACUCUUCCAGUUGGCAGAGAUUUCUUCAAGUACAUCCCAUUCAGGUCCUGAUUUAACAAAGCAGUGUGGAACAUCAGCAUUAUUUCAACUGGCAGAGAUGUGCCUUGCUUCGGAAGGGGUAAAAGUGAAAGAACCUGGGAAAAUAAAAGUGGAAGUAUCAGAAGAUGUGACAAGGGAAGUUCCAGAAAUGGAAGUGGAAGAACUGGAGAAGACAACAAUAAAAGACUCCUGUACAAGAAAAAUGGAACAAUCAGAGACAUUGCAAAACUGGGAUGAGACAAAAGCUGAGGAAUUAGAAACUGUAAAAUGCAGUGAUUUUACUAGUCUUCUAAAGGAUAGCAAUCCUUUUGAGAGAAAUGAUAACACAAAGGAUUACAUGUGCCGUUCUCCAGAGCUUUCAUUAGCUGAAAUGAGUAUCCUUGGGCUAGGCAAGCCAGAAAAGUUGAAGAAGAAGAAGAAGAAAAAUAAGUUGGACCGGCACACAAAUGAAAAAUCCACCCCUAAAAAGCCUUGUAAAAAGAGGCAGUCCUCCGAGUCGGACAUUGAGAGUGUAAUGUAUACAAUUGAAGCUGUUGCAAAAGGAGAUUGGGGUGCUGAGAGACUUGAAGAAACUCCACGCAAAAAAGCCCGCCCAUCCUCAAAUGUGAAGGGAAGCAUGUUGGAUACAAAAUCACCAAAGAAAAAAGUGAAAUCUAAAGAGAAGAAGACAUCAAAGGAGAAACCCAUGGAGACCACCAAAGAAUCGAAGCCUCCUGAUUUCCUUAGUAUUACAGCCAACAAGGAAGUACCCUGUGAGGCUUCUGAUAGCAUUAAAGUGGAACCACUGACCCCAACAGAGGAGGUGGUGCCCCAGAGCUUACCAGAACAGGUCAAAACUGAGGACAGUGACUGUGUUAAAAAAAUAGAAACCUGUGGCUCCAGGAAAUCAGAGAGAUCUUGCAAAGGUGCUCUUUAUAAAACUCUGGUGUCAGAGGGCAUGCUUACGUCUCUGCGUGCUAACGUGGACAGAGGAAAAAGAAGCUCAGGAAAAGGCAACUCCUCAGAUCAUGAAGGAUGCUGGAAUGAAGAAAACUGGGCUUUUUCUCAAAGUGGGACAAGCGGGAACAAAAAACUGAAAAGGCCUAAGCCAAAGGAAGAAUUUGUUUUUGGCUUAGCAAAGUUGGAAGAAGAAUUUGAAAAGAAAUUCAACAGCCUCCCUCAAUACAGUCCUAUUACCUUUGACAGGAAAAAUUCAUCUGUUCCAAGGAAAAAGAGAAAGGUUGGAAGCAGCUCAUCUGAACAACCAAAAUCCAACAAAGCCAUACUCUCAGAAGACAGAAAUCCCAUUGAGCUUGCCUGGAGGAAUAAAAUUUGUAUAUCUGCCCUAAACACUCCAGAGCCAGCAAUGAUGCAUGAGCCUUUAGUUGGAAGCCAGAAAAGGAAAGCGAGGAAAACUAAGAUCACUCAUCUUGUUCGAACAGCAGAUGGUCGCGUGUCACCAGCAGGAGGGACACUGGAGGAAAAGCCAAAAGAUCUUCCACAGAGCAGUCUUCAAAAAGCGUCGAGUGCAGAAACGGAUUGCAACAGUGAAUGCUCCGGAAAUGCAGAGACACAAGAAAAUCAUAGUAUUACAUCUGAUAUGCCAGCAGUGUCUGCAUUUUUUAGCUUAGCAGCUCUGGCAGAGGUAGCAGCAAUGGAAAAUGUACACAGAAAUCAGAGGGCCACGCCUCUCCCACAUGAUGGACAGCCAAAUGAAAUGUCUCAGGCUCCGGUGCUUAUUUCCUGCGCUGACCAGUGAAGCUCCACUUUAUUGUAAAACAUUGUGCUUUACCUAAUAUCCUAGCCUUGUCUUUACCAAGGGAAGCUAGUCAGUCCAUGUGAUGGAAACUAUAGACUGCAAGCAAGUGCUUAUUGCUCUGAGUGGCCCAGAAUUCACUGGAAGCCAGACAUUAGCAACUUGGGCCAGGUCUUCAAAUCGGAACCCAGUAUGUAGGAGGGUGAUAUUAUUUGUCUAUUAAUGAACAGGAAUGGAAUGAUCCCAGAGCUUGCUUUCUAUUGAAGGCUUUUAAACAGUAAAUAGGUGGUUGAUAUGAAGAAGGCUGCCUUUACUGUUAGUUCACACAGCAUCUCUUUUACCAACCAGAGAGUAUGGCAACUAGUUUCAUAUAAUGCCUAGUUAAAUGAAAAUGAAAAAAUCAACAACAACAAAAACACUGACGCACUGCACUAGUUAUUAUUAGAUAUUCUUAGUCAUUUUUGUACAUGAAGAUUUAAGUUCUAAGAUGGUUUAUAUUAAUAGGUUAUGCCUACGUUUAUAUUGUAGAAUGAAUAUAAAACCUGUUCCAGAGAACUCAAGGCAGCCUGGACAGAUGUACCAUUGUUAGCGGUGUUUGGGCAGCCACGUGGUCCAGAUGUUCUGCACUUUUAUAUUUGCCACCAGAGUGGUAGAGUUUACUGGCAAAAAUUCUGACAGGCUAUGUUUGGGUUUUAUUUCUUUUUAAUUUAGCUUUGAAUAACCAGGAUGAUGUGCAUUAGAAAAAGGAGUGGUGUAUGGAAAAGAAAAAUACUGCAGAGAAUUGACUUGUCUUUAAUGCCUUGGAAGGUUCCUUUAUUUUUGCAUAGAUAUCUGAGUGACUUGGUGAAACUUUCCUGUAAACAAAAAGUACUGCGAGUAUGUUUUUCAAAAGUGACCUUAGUAUUAUUUCACCAUUCUGAAAGACCUAAAAGCAUGACUUUUCAAUAUACAUGUACUCUGAUAAGCAUACCUUUUACAUUUUAAAGACACUGGCAUUGUUGUAGUUACUAUGCACAGAUGGCUUCAGAGUUUGUAUAAAGGGCCAAUUACAGUUUGUGUUGGUCAAGGGGAAAGUUUUAUGCAGAUAAACUACAACUGAAGAGUAAUGUUUGACUGAAUUCAGACUACCACAGAUCCACCUGCCAGCUUCUAUCUUUGCUUAUGCUGAAUUUUUGUGGUUUGCUCUCAUAAAUGCAUCCCAAAAUCCAGGCCAAUUGUAUCACUUGGCCUGCUGUUUUCACUAUUUCGACUUACACUAUUGUAUAACCAAGCAUUGAUUCCUACCAACAGAUGCAAAAUGAUCACUAGUAAUUAAACUAAAGCUACAAAUUCAACAGGGUACUUCUUCAAUAGCACAAGAUGUUUCCCUAAUUUUUGCAUUGUAGCACAACAAUUUACCAAAUUGGACUCCAGCAAUAAUUUUAUAUUAGUCUUCGUCAUACUGGCUGAAUUUUUGAUAGUAUUAGAUUGAGUUUGAAGUUCUUUGAAUUAAGUCUUUAAAUGAUGCGAGUUUACAUCAUUCUAUCAGGCAUUCUUAUUUAUACUUGACUGAAUUGAUAAUAUGUUUUGGGGUUAUUUUGUAACUAAUUUGAUGUAAUAGCCAUAUGGACAGUAACUCUAUUAAUGCUUGCUAAGUUUAGCCUUUCAUUGUUGUAGCUAAGUGAAAGUCUUUGGUUCAUUGUUGAGAAUCAGUAUAACAGGAUACCACGAGAGUUGUAACAAAGGGUUAAAGGUUUGACUAGGGUAGACAGCUUGGAAAGUCUCACUAAAACAGCACCAUCAAAGAUGCAUGUGUUGGAAGAAGGGAACAACUACAAAAGAACAACAAAAUUUCAGAGCCAAUGAGUCAGUGAAAAGGCUUUUUUAAAAAUUCAGGUGAAUAUAUGACUAAGAGCCCCUCAAAUGCCAUUGUAGCCUAUGGCAGUAUUUUUUAAUAAGAUUUUAUUAAAGUUUUAUAAGUUAUUUUAACAAGACAGGAAAAGCUAAAGACUUUAAACUGUUGGGUCACAGCAAGGUGGCUGUUGGAGUUUUGGACCACUUUAUAAUUAGCUGAAAUCCAAAUAUGUUACAGUGCAGGCCGUUCACCUUGACAAUGGUACUAACUUAUUUCUCUAGAAACCUUUAGAGUAGAUAUAUUUUUGUCAAAGCACCCCAUCCUUCCUCAAUUUAAAUUUCAAUAUUGUUCCUGAAGAUAUUUCUGUAUAUUAAUGGUACCUUUUUUAAAAGAAACAGAAAAUUACUUUUUUCUAUAUGAAUUAAUAUCUUACUUGAUCUGCUUUUCCUUGACUUUCCCUUAGAGAGGGGGUAGGGUUGGGUCAGUUUACUGGAUAUGACUGUUUUCAGAUACUUAUAAACCUUUUUGUAGAUAUGCUUAAUUUUUAAGCGAUUAGGCACUGAGAGUAGCAGAAAUCCUGCAAAGCUUUAUAGUUCACUAGGCAUUUGCCUUCGUUGGUUCUCUGAGUGACGUCUUGAUUUCAGUAGCUAGAGUUUUCCCUGAAUCUACUAGAAGGGGUAUCAGUAUUUUCAGGUAACAAAGUCUGUUAGCACAACAAAAAUUUCAGACCAAUAUCUUACUGUAUUGGGGUUGGGUUUUUUUUUUUCCUGUUUGUUUUGUUUUAAUUUUUAUUAAUUUCAGCUGCUUUUGUUUUGAAAAAAUCAUAUUGCUAUUGUGUGUACUUCAGUAUACCAGCAAACACUGUUACCUGUUAACACAUUGUCCACAAAUGCCUCUAGAAAAGAAAUUGUUGCACCUUAUGUAUAUCUCAAGCAAACCAAAAUAUGAUGCUUUUCUGCUUUGUUUAUUCUGAAUAUGUUGUAUCAUACUUUACUGAACCCAUUUUAACUUAGCUAAAGCUAUCAAUAUUUAUGCAUUUCACAUUAUUUUCUGGAUCUGAACCUGUGUAUAAAUCUUUCUUUAAA